AUGUUUCAUCUUUAUAUUGUUUCUUUCUUUCCUUCUUACACAUUUCAGACCUUCCUGCAUUUACGCUUUUUCCUUUCUUUCUUUCAUUCUUUCUCAUUUAACACUUUCCUAAUUUUACACUUUCUGACAUCUUUCUUUCUUUUUAUCUUCUUUUCUUUCUUUCUCACCUUUCUCAUUAUACACUUUCAGAUUUAUUUCUUUUAUUCUAUUUUUUCCUUAUUUUCUUCUUUUCUUUGUCAUUUCAGAUCUUUCUGCUUUUACACUUUCUGGCUUUUUUCAUUCUUUCUUUCUUUCUCAUUUCAGACCUACCUUAUUUUGCACCUUCUAGCUUCUUUCAUUCUUUCUUCUUUUCUUUCUUUUUUUCUUUCUUUGUUAUAUCAGACCUUCCUCAUUUUAUAUUUUCUGGCGUCUUUCAUAGAUUUCUUCUCAUUCGAGACAUUCCUGCUUUUACACUUUCUGACUUCUUUCAUUCUUACUUUCUUUCUUUCUUUCUUUCUUAUUCGCGACAUCCCUGCUUUUAGACAUUCACACUUUCUUUCUUUCUUCCAUCUUUUCUUUCUUUCUUUCUUUGUCAUUUCAAUCCUACCUCAUUUUACACAUUCUGACUCCUUUCUCAUUUUCUUCCUGCUUUUAAACAUUCGUUUCUUUCUUUCUUUCUUUCUUUCUUUCUUUCUUUCUUUGUCAUUUCAGUCCUACCUCAUUUUACACUUUCUGGCUUCUUUCAAUCUUUCUUUCUCAAUCAAGACCUCCCUGCUUUUACACUUUCUUUCUUUCCCAUUUCCGACCUACCUGCUUUUAGAUAUUCUCGCUUCUUUCUUUCUUUCUUUCUUUCUUUCUUUCUUUCUUUCUUUCUUUCUUUCUUUCUUUACAUUCUCGCUUCUUUCUUUCUUUCUUUCUUUCUUUGUCAUUUCAGUCCUACCUCAUUUUACACUUUCUGACUUCUUUCUCAUUUCCUACCUGCUGUUAAACAUUGUUUUUCUACCUCAUUUUACACCUUCUGGCUUCUUUAAAUCUUUCUUUCUCAUUCAAUACCUCCCUGUUUUACACUUUCUUUCUCUUUCAUUUCCGACCUACCUGCAUUUAGAUAUUCUCGCUUCUUUCUUUCUUUCUUUCUUUCUUUCUUUCUUUCUUUCUUUGUCAUUUCAACAUUUCUUCUUCUUUUUUUUCUUUUCUUUCUUUCUUUCUUUGUCAUUUCAGUCCUACGUCAUUUUACACUUUCUGGCUUCUUUCAAUCUUACUUUCUCAUUCAAGACCUCCCUGCUUUUAAACUUUAUAUUCUCGCUUCAUUCUUUCUUUUUUCUUUCUUUUCUUUCUUUCUUUUCAUUUCAAUCCUACCUCAUUUUACACUUUCUGACUUCUUUCUCAUUUCCUACCUUUUGCAUUUUAGACAUUAUCCUUUUUUUUUUUUUUUCUUUUUUCUUAGUCAUUUUCAGUCAUUUACCUUUCUGGCCUUUUUACAUUUUUUCUGACUUCUUUCUCAUUUCCUACCUGCUUUUUGACAUUUUCGUCUUUUUUCUUUCUUUUUCAUUUUUCUUUCUUUUUUACCUUUGUCAUUUCAGUCCUACCUCAUUUUACACAUUUUCUGGCUUCUUUUCAAUCUUUUUUUUUUUCAUUCAGAACCUCCCUGUUUUUACACUUUCUUUCUUUGUCAUUUCCGACCUACCUGCUUUUAGAUAUUCUCGCUUCUUUCUUUCAUUUUUUUUCGUUCUUUCUUUCUUUGUUAUUUCAGUCCUACCUCCUUUUAAACAUUCUGACUUCUUUCUCAUUUCCUACCUGCUUUUAGACAUUCUCGUUUUUUUCUUUCUUUCUAUCAUUCUUUCUUUCUUUCUUUCUUUGUCAUUUCAAUAUUCUCGCUGCUUUCUUUCUUUGUCAUUUCAAUCCAACCUCAUUUUACACUUUCUGACUUCUUUCUCAUUUCCUAACUGUUUUAGACAUUCUCGCUUCAUUCUUUCUUUUUUUCUUUCUUUUCUUUCUUUCUUUUGUCAUUUCAGUCCUUCCUCAUUUCAUUUUCUUCUUUCUUUGACUUUUCUAUCCCAUUUCCUACCUGCUGUUAAACAUUGUUUGUUUGUUUGUUUGUUUGUUUGUUUGUUUUGUUUGUUUCUUUUUUCUUUUUUUCUUUCUUUCUUCAUUUCAGUCCUACCUCAUUUUACACCUUCUUUUUUCUUUAAAUCUUUCUUUGUCAUUCAAUCCUCCCUCAUUUUACACUUUCUUUUCUUUCUCAUUUCCGACCUGCUUUUUGCAUUUAGAUAUUCUUUCUUCUUUUUUCUUUUCUUUCUUUCUUUGUCAUUUCAAUCUUUUCCUCAUUUUACACUUUCUUACUUCUUUCAAUCUUCUUUUCUAAUUUCCUACCUGCUUUUUGACAUUUUCGCUUCUUUCUUUCUGUCUUUCUUUCUUUCUUUCUUUCUUUACACUCUCGUUUCUUUCUUCUUUCUUUCUUAUUUUGUCAUUUCAACAUUCUUGCUUCUUUCUUUCUUUUUUUCCUUUCUUUCUUUCUUUCUUUAUUUCUUUCUUUCUUUCUUUCUUUGUCAUUUUAAUCUUACCUCAUUUUACACUUUCUGUCUUCUUUCUCAUUUCCCACCUGCUUUUAGACAUUCUUGCUUCUUUUUUUCUUUUUUCUUUUUUUUUUCUUUCUUUUCUUUUCUUUUUUUCUUUCUUUUCUUUCUUUUCUUUUUAAUUUUAAUACCUCAUUUUACACUUUCUGUCUUCUUUCUCAUUUCCCACCUGCUUUUUAGACAUUCUUUUUUCUUUCUUUUUCUUUUUUUUUCCUUUCUUAGACUUUUCUUUUUUUCUUUCAUUUUUCUUUUUCUUUACAUUCUUGCUUCUUUCUUUUUUUUUUUUCCUUUUUUUUUCUUUCUUUUUUUUUUAUUUCUUUUCUUUCUUUCUUUCUUUACCUCCCUCCUUUUACACUUUGUCUCUUCUUUCAUUAAAUUUUUCUUUCUUUCUCUUUUAGAUAUUUUUCUUUUACCUCUUCUCCCUUCUUUUAUUAUUUCUGCCGUAUUUUCUUAUUAUAGACUUGUCAACUUUUUCACGUUCUCCCUUUCAUUGUUUGUUUCUUUGUUUCUAUCUAUUUUCUCAUUACAUACCCCUCUGCCUUUUACCCUUUCUUUCUUUCUUUCUUUCUUUCUUUCUAUUUCAGACUUGUCUGAUUUACAGUUUCUCUUUUCGUUUAUUGCUUCUUUCUUUCUCGUUACAGAUAUUUUUGCCUUCUUCUGUUUCUUCCUUCUUUCCAGUCAUUUCUUUCGGCUUACUUUCUUUUUCUUUUCUUCUUCUUCGCCUUUCUUUUACACUUUCUUUGUACCUCCUUUUCUCUUUGUCCUUUGGCACCUCCUGUCACAGUCUUUUGAAGGGCCGGCACCAUAUGCACUAGAUAGUUGCAGCUAUUGCUUCCCCUCCCUAUUCUCUUUCUUUCUUUCUUUCUUUCUUUCUUUCUUUCUUUCUUUCUUUCUUUCUUUCUUUCUUUCUUUCUUUCUUUCUUUUGCCUCUCUCUCUCUUUCUCUCCUUUUGUCUCUCCGCUCUCUCUCUCUUUCUUUCUCUCUUUUUAUCUCUGCCCACUCUCUCUCUCUCUUUCUUGUCGAUCAUGGAUGCCUGCACUUCGUUCAUUGGACCAAACAUUGUCUACUCACUUGUUACUUACCCACCAUGAGAGUUUUUGCCCUUCCAAGCGAACAAGAGGCAGGCUUCCGGUGCGUUCGCAUGCACAGAUAUAUUUUAGCAUGGCAUUGGCACUGGGCCGUGCCUAUAAAUACACCUGACUGCCUUCUGGUGUUCAUAUUUCCAACUGGACCCCGCAGUUUGUUUGCGAUUAAAUGCUUUAAGAUGUGCAUAUCUGCACAUACAAACGCGUAG